GCAUCGGCCUCCCUCGUUAAGGUGUUUGAUAAUUGACCCGGCGCUCAUUCCUGCGCCAGGGCUCUUCCUCCACAGCCCUCUGCCACCAUGGCUGCCCGCUGCCUGCUGCUCCUGGGACUGCUGCUGCAGCUGGAGCCGGCCCUGUGCCAGGAGGCCCGGGGCAGCCUCCAGCCGUGGUCACAGGGUGUCAUCGCAGUGGUYGUGUUCCUGGUCCUGGUGGCCAUCGCUUUCGUGGUGAACAGGUUCUGGUGCAAGGAUAAAGUGGAAAAUGUCGAGAACGUGGUGAGUGUGGAGGACAAGCCCGAUGCUGUCACGUCCAAUGGCCACGAAGGGAGAUACCUAUCGGCUGCAGCUGAUUUCAGGUCCAAAGAGAACCAGCACGCCUACGAGAACCCCGUGGAGCCCGAGGAGAAGGUGAUCACCACGGCCAUGUAGCAGCUCCCAGCAGCCGCCCUCCUCYUCCUCUCCAUUCGCUUCCCGCUGUGGCGAUGGGCAUUUCCACACAGACCCUCUGCCCUGGCACCCCCGUGUGUGAGGGGCCCUGACCUCUCCACAGCACCACCACCUCCUGAUCUUUUCCUUUCCCACCCGUGGGACACUCUGCUGUCUCCAGGAUCCACAUGGUCCCCAGGAGAGGUCUGGAGGUGCCACCUCUCCUGCCUGGUGGUCACCCCACCUGGUUGGUGAGGUUGAUGUCCCAAGUCCCAGGGGGGUGUUGAGCUGUUCAAGACACAGAGAGGGGAUCCUGCUGGGUGCCUGGGACCUCCCCAGACCCACAGCUGCCCUCCAGGGAGCUGCUGAUGGAAAACGUGCUCUUUUCUCCCCAGUUCACCCUCCUUUUUAUGACCUACACCAUGCAUUUUAAUGUCAUAACAAACCUUCCCCCUGUACAUAUCUUCCCAGUGAGCAAUAAAGAGAAUUGUUGCCUAUGACAGCAAA